UUCAUGACGUUCAUGUUGUUUUCGAUGUUUUCAUCGCUUUAUUGGUUAUAUUAUUGUAUUUUACCAAAGUAUUCAUUUUCAUAUUUAUAAAACGUUUUUUUAUUAUAAAAAUGAUUGACGCUUCAGAAACUCAACUCCAAUUGAGAUUUGUAACUAAGCAGGAACAGUAUGCGGUUCCUGAUAGUCCCUAUGCUAUACAAAGUAAUGUUCAUUCUUCAGAUCUAAACACAUUACUAAAUGCGUUGUUGAAGGAAACUAACCCCUCAAUUGAAAAGGCGGUUGAAUUCGACUUUCUAGUAUGCGGAGAAUUACUGUGUUCUUCUCUUGCUGAGCAUUUACAGGAAAAAGGUGCAUCUACAGAAAAGACAUUAGAAGUUGAGUAUUUAGAAAGAUUCCCAGCACCCUCUCCCCAGGAUUGUUUAAUGCAUGAUGACUGGGUGUCUGCUGUUCAAGCAUAUGAUAAUUGGAUCCUCUCAGGUAGCUAUGAUAACAGUAUUCACAUUUGGAGCACAAAGGGCCAGCACAAGUUAGCAAUUCCUGGCCAUACAUCCCCUGUCAAAGCUGUAUCAUGGGUGUCUUAUAGCAAUGAUCAGGCUGUAUUUGUGAGUGGUUCUCAUGACCAAUCUGCAAUGCUUUGGGUGUGGAAUGUUAGUGGCAACUCUGUGGACUGUGUAGUGACUUGUCGCAGUCAUGACAAAGGAGUUGAGUGUCUCUCUGUGUCUGCUGAUGGUCAAAAGUUUGCCACUGGAAGCUGGGAUACUAAUAUUUGCCUGUGGAGUACUAGUCUGACAGAUGAUGGAAAUGUACCUGCAAAGAAGAAAAGUAAACCAGAACACGGCAAUACAAGAGAGGCUUUAACCACAUUAAAAGGUCAUCGGGAAGCUGUGUCUGCUGUACAAUGGAUGGACUUCAAUACAAUACUUUCUAGUGGUUGGGAUCAUUUGCUCAAGUUAUGGGAUUGUGAGCUUGGUGGCAUUAAACAAGAAAUAGCUGGUAAUAAGGCAUUUUUUGAUGUCGACUGGUCACCAAUAAACAAUACACUAAUCACUGCAUCAGCAGACCGACACUUAAGACUUUACGAUCCCAGAUCUACAGAAAGCAUUGUAAAGACAACAUUCACUUCACACACGGGUUGGGUACAGUCAGUACGCUGGUCAAAGACACGUGACACUCUUUUCCUGUCGGCUGGUUAUGACGGGCAAGUUAAACUAUGGGAGACGAGAAGUCCACGAACGCCUCUGUACGAUCUGAGCGGUCACGAAGACAAAGUGCUUUGCUGCGACUGGUCGAAUCCUACGCUUUUGAUCAGUGGCUCAUGUGAUAACACCCUCAGGAUAUUUAAAGCUAAACAUGCGUUAUCCAGCUCGUAAUAUUAAAAGAAUUGUCAUAAUAUAAGCU